AUGGCAACUAGUGAUACAACACCAUCGUGGGAGGAUCUUAUCAAGUCUAAGGAACAUAAUAAAUUAAAAUCAUGUACUUGUAAAAUUUAUAAUCAUCAAACGCAAGUCUCUCAGAACAAUUCCAAUCAAUUAUGUUCUUGUGGUCGUUUAAUUCAUCGUCAUAGUUUUAGUGAUCAGAAUCCACAACAAGAAACAGGAAAAUAUAAUCUUUCUAAGAAUCCUACGCAAUUUAGAUCUGAAGAUUCCACUACAGUUCCUAUCACCAUAUAUGGAAGAUUAAAACCUAAUGGUUGCAAAUUUAUUCGACUAGAUAUCAAAACUCCUAUGCAGUAUAUUUAUAACUUGCUUGUUGGUGAUAGUGGGAGCACGGAGCAUAAACCAGAUUUAAUACUAAGUCUCUAUGGUGAUUCAAAAUCUUUUACUAUGAUACAAAAACUUCCGAGAGAAAUUAUAUGUAGUAUUGUCGAUGCUGCUAUGACAGCCGAUGGUUGGAUUUUAACUGAUGGUGUUAAUUGUGGUGUAUCAAAAUUAGUUGGUGAAAGUCUAUCUCAUUAUCAUUUAUUAAGAGAAUAUUCAAAAAAAGCUAAAUGUAUUGGAUUAACAAUGUGGGGAACAGUCAAUGAAAGUACUCGUUUUAAACUUAAAUAUGACAGCAAGAACUAUAAAAGAGGCUUACUUCAUCGACAAGUUCCUGAUAAUGUUGAAGAAGGUCUAGAAACAAUCGAAAAAAAUCAUACACAUUGUAUUUUAUUCGAUGAUGGUACAUUGAAUGCAUAUCGUGACGAUUCAUCUCGACAUAAAUUAAUUAUAACAGCAUGUCAAAAUAAAAAUCAUACAUGUUAUGCUGUAACAAUUAUGUUUGGAGGAGAUAUAGAUACAAUUGAAAAGCUUCGCUAUGAUAUUGAAGCAGAACGACCGAUUGUGUUGAUUGAAGAAAGUGGUUGUUUAGCUGACUUACUUGUUUCAUUGAUCAAACGAACUGCUGAUUCGAAUGAGCAUCAGCAAACUAUUCCAACACAUGAAGAAAUUAAACAACAAGUAAAGUCCACCUUUCCGAAUCUUGAUCAAUCAACUAAUCUUGACAUGUCGAAUAACAUAAAUAAAAUAUUAGACAAAAAAAAUCGUCAUCUAUUGAAUGUCUUUUCUUUGAAUCGUGAUAAAAACAUAGCACAAACAAUUUUUAAAGCGAUCGUUAAAGUUAAAAAUAAGCAAUAUGAAACAAAUACUGUUAAUCAUAGAAAAGACGAUGAACAAAAUCGAAACAAACAAUAUCAAAAGGACCUAAAAAAGUUAAUAGAUUUAGCAGUUGAAUGGAAUUGUAUAGAUGGAGCUUUACUAAUAUUACAAUCAAGACAAAAUUUUAUGAAGAAAACAGAUCAUGUAAUUAGUAUGAAUCGCCCAGCAUUUGUGGCAUAUUUUCUUGCUAUUGAUUUUGAUAUACGUACUCUAAUGAAGACACAAUAUAAAGGAUCGAUUCAAAAGAACCUUUUAGAAUUGUAUAAAGAUACUCAUGCUAAAAUGAACAAAAGUCAUGCCCAACAUAUAGAAACAUUAUUUGGCAGUCCAUUUAUGAAAAACAUAGGAGAACUUGAUGAAAAAUUAAACAAAUUCGUUGGUUCAUUUAUUAGAUCAAUUUAUUCACCGAAUGGAGACGGUUGUACAGAUCGUAUUUCUAUAGAUAUGAAAAAUCACGUAUGUGUCUGCUGUAAAUACAAAAAACAAGAUGCCAGUUCAUGGCAGAACUCAGAAGAAUCAAGUUCUAAGCAACUUAGUCAAAAUAAUGAUGUGGAUCGUUCAUAUACAAACGAUCAAUUGUUUCGUGAUCUUUUUUUGUGGUCGAUUUUUAUGGAUAUGCCUCAAAUGGCCAAAAUAUUUCUAUUUUAUUUACAGUCUCGUAUUUGUGCUUCUUUAUUUGCCUCGGCUAUAUUUAAAAAAUAUGCGGAAGCAUCGACAAAUCCUGAAUAUAAAGAAAAACUUCGAACUCAAGCACUUGAAUUUGAAACAUAUGCAGCGAAAUUCAUUAAUAGAUGUUAUCAAUAUAAUGAGAGAUUAGCAUGUGAAUUACUUUUACGAGAAAUACCACUUUUUGGCCAUGUUACAUGCAUGCAGGUUGCGAUUUCAAGUAAAAGUCAAAAAUUAGUUGCAACAUCUUGUUUUGAUCAAACUUUGAAUCAAGUAUGGUUCAAUAAAUUAUCUAUUGCAAAUCAUGGUAUAUUUGAACAAUCAAGGCAAGUUCUAGCUAUAUUAUCUGUCGGUCUACUAGCACCUCUCAUUAUUUCCUAUCGAGAAGAAGAUUUUGAAAUCAAAGGUGAUCGGUUAUCUUCACAUGGUAUAAAUUAUUAUAUGGUUAAAAAAUCACCUAAAAAUUGUUUUGCUCGAUUUGGGACUCGUUUUAUUGAUUUUCAUAACAGUCCAAUGAUAGAAAUGUGGUAUCAUUUAAUCAGUUACAUAUGGUUUUUACUUGUAUUUAGUUACAUGAUGCUUUAUCAUUGUGAUAGUCCAGCUACAUUUACAGUUCCACAUUGGACUGAAAUUUACGUGAUAAUAACAAUAUCAAGCAUGUUUAUUGAAGAAUGUCGAAAAUUGUGCUAUGAAUAUAAAACACGAAUGGUUGAACGAUGGGGUUCAACAGAAUCGAUUCUUCUAACACUGUUAACAAUUAUAUUUUAUUUUGCACCUUAUUUUCUAUUUUAUCUGGGUCUUUGUUUUCGAUUCGGAACUUAUGAUAAAGAUAUACAAACUACCGCAAGGAUUAUUUUGGCAUUUGAUCUUGAAUUAUGGUAUAUUAAAUCACUGAAAUUCAUGAUGGGUAUAAAAUCGUUUGGUCCAAAACUAUUUAUGCUUAAAAAUAUGCUUCGAGAUUUAUCUGGUUUUGUUUAUAUGAUUUUCAUAGCAAUAGCUGCGUAUGGAGUAGUAUCUCGUGCGAUGAUUUUUUACAAACAAAUUCCAUUUACUUUCAACGAUAUAGUUAAGGAAAUCUUUUAUGAACCAUAUUGGUUUAUAUAUGGAACAAUAGCUGAUAAAGAUUUACUUGAUGAGAAAAUCAAAAAUGAUACAGCAUCAAUUGUAGCAGAAGCAACAGCUACACACAUUUUAUUAGCAUUUCACAUGUUGUUUAUUAAUAUUCUCAUACUAAAUUUAUUAAUUGCAGUUUUUACUCAUACAAUUGAUGCAGUAAAAGAAAACACUCAGUUUUAUUGGCGUUAUCAACGUUAUGCAUUUGUUCGAGAAUAUUUUGAACGUCUUUUAUUUGCUUAUCCGCCAUUGAACAUUUUGACAUAUAUCGUGAUAUUGUUCAUUAUUCUUCAACAGAAAUGUUACCGAAAAUUAUGUAAUAGUCAAGUUGAAGUUGAAAGUCAUAAAUCAAAAUCAAAAGGAAUUCUUCGAGUUUUUAGUAAAUUCGAUAAUUUCUUUUCGUUUCUAGUUAAAUUAAUGUAUAAAAUUGAUUUAGAAAUGAUUUCAGCGAAUGAAUACGAAGGAACGGAUCGAUGGGAUGCAUUUGAAAAUGCAGCUACCCUUAUUGACGCUCGUUCAAUACUCGAAGAAACUAAAAAGAUAGAUGUUUUAACUACAGAUACGAUUCAUUCAACAAAAACAACGGAUACUACUGAGCAUGACCCUAUUUUCUUUCUUUUCUUGACUUUAAUGAUAGUUUUUGUAUAG